GGGGUUUGAUAGAAAAAGGGGAAAUCCCUUUCUAGGGCAUCAUCAUGCAUGGCUUUUUCCUUUUCCAUGCUACUACUACUGUUGCUGCUGGGAAUCGCUCGCCCCCCUUGGGGCAAAUGGAAGUCGAAAGGUUACGAGUUUGCACCCACACUUCUGGUCCCCUGUUUCAAGGACUUGAUGGCUCUUGCUAUAGCUGGUGCUCAAGUAGUAACGAGAAACGUCAAGAAGAAAAACAGCUCGUCAGCCAGGACCAGCCUUGCAAUUUUGAUGGACUGUCUGUUUAUUUGGAGUUGUGUCAUAUAGCUUAAUCUCCACAAGAUCCAUUACGACGCCCAUACCCUGGUGCAGUGAAUCAUAUACUCAUUACAUGUCUAUGCUGAUCAGUA